GGUCACGCUAUACACGUGCGCGCUGUUGCGCGUAUUUCUUUUUAUAUCAAUUUUGAAUAAAAAGCGUCAAGAAAUUCCAUUAAAAUGGGUUCCAAAAGGCCGCUGGACGUCCACAUGUUCCCCUCGGACCUGGAGUUUGCUGUUUUCACCGACCAAGAGAUACAAAAGCUGAGCGUCGUAAAGGUGAUAACUGGCAUCGCUUUCGAUGCCCUGGGACACCCAAUGCCAGGCGGUCUGUAUGACAUACGCAUGGGUUCGUAUGGACGCUGCAUAGACCCAUGUGGAACGUGCCUAAAGAUGCAAGAUUGUCCCGGCCACAUGGGCCACAUAGAGUUGGGCUCUCUCGUCUACAACCCCUUCUUCAUAAAGUUGGUUCAGCGUCUGCUCUGCAUAUUCUGUUUGCACUGUUUCAAGUUGCAGAUGAAAGACCAAGAAUGUGAGGUUAUUAUGCUUCAACUGCGACUCAUCGAUGCCGGAUACAUUAUUGAGGCGCAGGAGCUGGAGAUUUUCAAAUCGGAGGUUGUCUGCCAGAAGGCCGAGGAGCUGGUCAAGCUGGAUAAUGGCGACGCCGUACAUCCCCACAUCGCUGCCAUGUAUGAGCUGCUGUUGAAAAGUCCAAAGGACGCUGGCCAGUCUACAAAGACCACCUGCUCCCUGCGCACGGCCGUCACACAUUCUGCCCUGCAGCGGCCCGGCAAGAAGUGCAGACACUGCAAAAAGUCAAUGCGCUAUGUUCGGUACAUGCAUCGGCGAUUGGUCUUCUACGUGACCAUAGCUGACAUCAAGGAGCGCCUCGGUGAUGGGGCUGAUACCAGCGGCCAAAACAAGGUCAUCUUCGCAGAUGAGUGCCGUCGCUACCUGAGGCAGAUCUACGCCAACUAUCCGGAACUGCUCAGGCUUUUGAUGCCCGUUCUGACUUUAAGCAACACGGAUGCAGCAAAUUCCGGCUAUUCCCCGGUGGAUAUGUUCUUCAUGGACACCAUACCAGUGACGGCACCUCGCGCACGUCCCAUGAGCAUGGUCAACGGCAUGGUAAAGGGGAACCCCCAGACGGACAUCUACGUCAACAUUAUCGAGAACAACAACGUCUUGAAUGUGGUGCUGAGGUAUAUGAGGGGCAAGCAGGAGAAGCUCACGGAGCAGGCGCUGGCCGCCUACCAGGAUAUGAAGGGAUCGAAUGCCCAUGAGAAGCUGUACAAUGCUUGGCUCUCCCUGCAGACUUCAGUCGAUGUCCUGCUCGAUGUGAAUAUGUCGAGGGAGGUGAAGUCUGCCGAGGGUCUGAAGCAGGUCCUGGAGAAGAAGGAAGGUCUCAUCAGAAAGCAUAUGAUGGGAAAGAGAGUCAACUAUGCGGCACGCACGGUCAUCACCCCCGAUCCCAAUAUAGACGUAGACGAGAUCGGCAUACCCGACAUCUUUGCCCGAAAGCUCUCCUAUCCCAUUCCCGUAACCGAGUGGAAUGUAUCCGAUCUACGCAAAAUGGUGAUGAACGGACCGGACGUCCAUCCCGGUGCAAACUACAUACAGGAUAGCAAUGGGUUCACCACCUACAUACCCGCGGACAAUGCAGCCAAGCGCGCCAGCAUGGCCAAGUUGCUGCUGUCCAAUCCCAAGGAUGGCGUUAAGAUCGUCCAUCGUCAUGUGCUCAACGGAGAUUGUCUGCUCCUCAAUCGUCAGCCUUCGCUGCACAAGCCCUCUAUCAUGGCCCACAAGGCACGCAUUUUGUGCGGCGAGAAGACCUUCCGCCUCCACUACUCGAACUGCAAAGCCUACAACGCCGAUUUCGAUGGCGACGAGAUGAAUGCCCACUAUCCGCAAAGCGAGGUGGCCCGCGCGGAGGCCUACAACCUGGUGAAUGUGGCCAGCAAUUACCUGGUGCCAAAGGAUGGCACCCCUCUGGGUGGCCUCAUUCAGGAUCACGUCAUCUCGGGCGUGAAGCUGUCCAUCCGCGGGCGAUUCUUUAACCGCGAGGACUACCAGCAGCUGGUCUUCCAGGGGCUGUCGAACUUAAAGGGAGAUGUCAAGCUGCUGCCCCCGGCCCUGAUAAAACCGACCAUGCUAUGGUCUGGCAAGCAGGUCCUGUCCACAAUUAUUAUAAACCUCAUCCCCGACGGCUAUGAGCUGAUUAAUUUGGAUUCGUUUGCCAAGAUAAGCGGCAAGAACUGGAACGUAGAACGCCCACGGCCGGCAUGGCAUGGAAGCAAUCCACAGGAAAAUGAGCUGAGCGAGAGUCAGGUGCAAAUACGGAGAGGCGAGUUGCUGGUAGGUGUCCUGGACAAGCAGCAGUAUGGCGCGACCACCUUCGGCCUCAUCCACUGCAUGUACGAGUUGUAUGGCGGCGAUGUGUCCACCCGCCUGCUCACAGCCUUCACCAAGGUCUUCACGUUCUUCCUGCAACUGGAGGGCUUCACUCUGGGUGUCAAGGACAUUCUGGUCACUGGCACGGCAGAUCAAAAGAGACGAGAGAUCAUACAGGAGUGUCGCAAUGUGGGUAACAGUGCCGUUGCCGCAGCCCUAGAGCUGGACGAUGUGCCGCCCCACGAUGAGCUGGCCGAGCAAAUGGAGGAGGCCUACGUGAAGGAUCCGAAAUUCCGAGUGCUGCUCGAUCGCAAAUACAAAUCGCUCCUAGACGGCUUCACCAAUGAUAUCAACAAAACUUGCUUGCCUGGUGGUCUCAUCACGAAGUUCCCCUCCAACAAUCUGCAGCUUAUGGUGCUGUCGGGUGCCAAGGGAUCCAUGGUCAACACCAUGCAAAUCUCCUGCCUUCUCGGGCAGAUUGAGCUGGAAGGCAAAAGGCCGCCGUUGAUGAUAUCGGGCAAAUCCCUGCCCAGCUUCACUUCCUUUGAGACGUCACCCAAGUCGGGUGGCUUCAUCGAUGGGCGAUUUAUGACGGGCAUACAGCCCCAGGACUUCUUCUUCCAUUGCAUGGCAGGUCGUGAGGGUCUCAUUGAUACUGCUGUGAAAACAUCUCGUUCCGGUUACCUGCAGCGCUGCCUCAUCAAGCAUCUGGAGGGCCUGAGCGUCCACUACGAUCUAACUGUCCGCGACAGCGACAACAGUGUGGUGCAGUUCCUCUACGGCGAGGACGGUCUGGAUAUUCUCAAAUCAAAGUUCUUCAACGAGAAGUUCUGUGCGGAUUUCCUCACCCAAAAUGCCUCGGCAAUCUUGCGGCCCAGCCAGCUGCUGUUGAUGAAGGAUGAGGAGGGUCUGGCCAAAGUGCAGCGCCAUGAGAAGCACAUACGCAGCUGGGAGAAGAAGAAACCGGCCAAGUUGCGGGCUGCCUUCACUCAUUUCUCUGCGGACCUGCGCGAGGAGGUGGAGGUCAAGCGACCCACAGAGGUCAGUGGGAAAACGGGUCGACGCCGCAUGGACGAAGGUCUGCUCAAGUUGUGGAGGAAGGCCGAUGACGAGGACAAGGCCUUGUAUCAGAAGAAGUACGCUCGCUGUCCCGACCCAUCAGUGGCCGUCUACAAGCAGGAUCUCUACUACGGCAGCGUGUCGGAGAAGACGCGCAAACUGAUCGACGACUAUGCGCGCAAGCAUCCAAGCCAGAAGGAGACGAUAGCCGACAUAAUGCGUAUGAAGAGCAUUAGAGCACUGGCCGCCCCGGGAGAACCCGUGGGCCUAAUUGCCGCCCAAUCCAUUGGUGAGCCGUCCACUCAGAUGACGCUGAACACUUUCCAUUUUGCCGGUCGUGGUGAGAUGAACGUAACUCUGGGUAUUCCCCGUCUGCGAGAGAUUCUCAUGUUGGCCUCCUCGAACAUAAAGACGCCCUCCAUGGACAUACCCAUCAAGCCCGGACAGCAAGUUCAAGCCGAAAAGUUGCGCAUAGCCCUGAAUUGUGUGACUCUGUCCAAUAUCUUGGAGUCCGUCCACAUCAGCACCAGUCUGAGCUUGCAGCCGGAACGAGCCUACGAGUAUGAGCUGCGCUUCCAGUUCCUGCCCAGGGAGGUCUACAAAGAGGACUACGGUGUGCGGCCAAAGCGGAUUAUUAAGUACAUGCAUCAGACCUACUUCAAGCAGCUUAUUCGGGCCAUCCUCAAGGUAUCCAAUGCCAAAAAAACAUCAAAAAUAAUCGAAAUCGAUGACAAGAAGGAGGGCGACAACAAUAAGGACGAGGAUAACGAUCUGGAUAACGCAGAUUAUAUGGGUCCAGGCAAAACUGCUGCCGACAACGAUGACGAUUCAUCGGAUGAUGGCGGCGAUGACGACACCACAGGACUGAAGUUGAAGCAACGCAAAAGCGAUGACAGGGACUACGAUGAUCCAGAUGAUGUUGAAGAGCUGCGCGACGCUAACGAAGACGACGAGGAGCAAGAGGACCAAGAUGACGAGGGCAACGUAGGAGAAAGCAACGAGAACGCCGAUGCGGAUGACAAGUUGGUGGAGAAGCUGCUUAGUAACGAAAUGGUAAAGGACUACACAUAUGACAAGGAGAAUCAUCUGUGGUGCAAGGUUAAACUGCACCUUAGUGUUCGCUACCAGAAGCCCGAUCUGACCUCUAUUAUACGAGAGCUGGCAGCCAAGAGUGUCGUCCACCAGGUGUCGCACAUUAAGCGAGCCAUCAUCUACAAGGGAAACGACGAUGAGCAACUGCUGAAGACGGAUGGCAUCAAUAUUGGUGAAAUGUUCAGUCACGACAAGGUCUUGGACCUGAAUCGGUUGUACUCCAAUGACAUUCAUGCCAUAUCUCGCACUUACGGCAUUGAGGCAGCGUCCCAAGUCAUUGUCAAGGAGGUGAGCAACGUGUUCAAGGUGUACGGCAUCACAGUGGAUCGCCGGCAUCUGUCGCUGAUAUCUGCUUACAUGACCUUUGAUGGCAGCUUCCAACCUCUGUCGCGCAAGGGCAUGGAGCACUCCUCAUCGCCUCUCCAGCAAAUGUCCUUCGAGUCGAGUUUGCAAUUCUUAAAGAGCGCCGCCGGCUUCGGCAGGUCGGAUGACCUCAAUUCCCCAUCGAGUCGCUUGAUGGUCGGUCUCCCUGUGCGCAAUGGUACGGGAGCCUUUGACUUGUUAACGAGAAUAUGUUAAUAUAGUUUAUUCUUUAUAUUAGACAUUUUUCAAAUAAUAAACAUGUUAAUAAAAAUUAA